AAUGGUCUCCCUGGCUGCAGCAAAUGCAGAAUUUUGCUGCAAUCUUUUCAAAGAAAUGAACAGCAAUCAAGUGGAUGGAAACAUCUUCUUUUCCCCCCUGAGUCUAUUCACCACUUUGGCCGUGCUGCAGCUGGGAGCCAGAGGUGACUGUGCAUCUCAGAUAGAAAAAGUGCUGCACUUCAGUAAGUUUACAGGACCUGGAAACUCUUCUCGUGACCAGGUUGACCAAAAUUCAGGACUCCAUUCUCAAUUGCAUGCAGUUCUUUCCGAAAUAAACACAUCCCAUAAUGGAUAUCAGCUUAAUAUAGCCAAUGGGCUUUUUGCAGAAAAGGCAUUUGAAUUUCAUAAGAAUUACUUAGAAUGUGCUGAAAAAUUAUACAAAGCAAGAGUGAAAAACGUUGACUUCACAACGGGCAUUGAGGAAACCAUGAAAGAUAUCAAUUCUUGGAUUGAGAAUCAGACAAGUGGUAAAAUCAAGAACCUAUUCCAAGAUGGCAGCAUUGGUUCUUCAGCAGUUAUGGUACUGGUGAACGCCAUCUACUUCAAAGGGAAGUGGAAAUCUGGAUUUAUUCAGAGUGAGACCCUCAACUACCGGUUCAAGUCCCACAAGUGUGCUGGAAAAACGAUUCACAUGAUGCACCAAGAGCAGAAAUUUAAUUUGUCUGACAUUGAGGAUCCAAAAAUGCAGAUUCUUGAGCUCAGAUAUGAUGGAGAGAUGAAUAUGUAUGUAAUGCUUCCUGAAAAUAAUCUAGCAGAGGUGGAAAGUAAACUGACUUACCCGAAUCUAAUGCGCUGGACCAGCCCCAGCAAAAUGAAACUCCAGCACGUGGAGGUCUUCCUCCCCCGAUUCAAAAUGGAGAGCUCUCACCAAGUUAAGCAACAGCUGAAGGCUCUGGGGAUGACAGAUGCCUUUGACGAGUCCAGAGCCGAUCUUUCUGGAAUCGCCUCUGGGGGCCGUUUGUAUGUCUCCAAGCUGGUGCACAAGUCCUACGUGGAGGUCACCGAGGAGGGCACCGAGGCAGCCGCUCUCACCGGGAACGUCAUCGUCGAGAAGCAAAUGCCAGACUUCGUAGUGUUCCGGGCUGAUCGUCCAUUCCUGUUCUUCAUCAAGCACAAGGACGUCAUCGUGUUCUUCGGCAGAGUCUCCUGCCCGUGAGAGCGAGGCCACUCCCUCCUGCUGCCUCCGGGGCUGCACGAGCCUCCGAGCCACAGGGUGGGAGGACACGGCUUCCCCGAAAGACCCAAGCUAAAGGGUUAGCUUUCUGCAACUGACUGCCUUAACUGGGUCACGUUUAGUGAUGGCCCCAUUAUAUUAAUUCUCUAUGCAUGUAGAAUAUAUACCAUUUGUAUUCAGUAAUAGGUUCCUGGGAGUUCUUCAGAGAAUGCUGACUUCUGAAGCCAUUUGACUUUUAGCUCCUUGGAGGGCAGAGACCAUUUCUUUUAUUUUUAUCAUACUCUCCCAAGUGCUAGGUACAGCGCUCUACCCAAUAGGUGCUCAAAAUGAUUGACAGUCUCCCACUAUUAAGUCAGCUACAAAAUCACGUUCAAGUCCUCGAAGACAAGAGGGACAAAGUGAAAUGCCCAAAAUAGUGCAUCUCAUUGGAAAAGCAGCAUGGCAUAGUGGAUAGAGCUCAGGCC